UAAUAUAGUAUUAGAGCAUGGCAUGCUUAAUGGCGGGAAGGUGGAUUCUCAUAAGUUUCAUUCUAACCAACCUCCAAAAUUUUGUGUUCAGUCAGCACGAAAAUACUCUUAACGUGCCUCAAGUUCUCCUUCCAUUUGCAACGAAGGAAUCAAAACCAACAACCUUUGUAUUAAAGGCUUACAAAGGUUGUUUCCGAUGGACUUCAACCAAACCAAACAUUGCUUCUGUUUUAUCAAUCAAUGAUAAAAUAAAUACAUCAACUCCAGAAGAUGAAGAUAAUUUAUGUUCUCAAAGUGCACUUGUAACAGUUGAGUUAAAAACACCAAAUGAAGAUUCUACAGUUAUACUAGCAGAAGAAAAUGGAACAGGAUUAACUCUUCGCUGCAAUGUUUUUGUGGAUACUAUCCAUAAAAUAGAAAUAGCAACCACCACGCGUGAAUUAUUACUUGGCGAAUCACCUGAAGUAUUUGAGGUUUAUGCUUAUGACAAAGAAGGGAAUUUAUUUUCUUCAUUGGGUAGUCAGAAGUUUGAAUGGAGUUUUUUGCCUGCAUCUACUAAUCAACAGGUUGAUCCUCGACUUAUUCUUAAGUUGUUAUGGUUUCAAGAUUCUUCAUAUGAUACCACAAAAGAAAUUUAUUCUUUAGAAGAACAGCAUUACAGAGGAUGCAGUGCACUUGUGGAAGGAAUUAGAACUGGUGAAGCAAUUGUGUCUGCUAGGCUCUCAGAUUUAGAGUAUAAGAAUGUUAAACCCACUAGUGUGAAAUUGACGGUUUUGGACAAUGUUAUGCUUUAUCCAUCUAACGUUUACAUUCUUGUAAACCAAGUUGUUAAAUUUAAUGCACUACAAUUGAGGAGGGGAAAGAAAAAUGAUAUAAUAUUGCCUUCUGCUCAGUAUACAGUUCAAGUUUUAGAUGACUCUGUUGCUCAUUUAAAUGAUGAAAGUGCUAGUGUUACUGGAAUGAAAAUUGGUCAAACAAAGGUUCAGUUGAUUGAUAACAAUAUGCUUGAGGCAUAUUCGAUUCGUUUACCAACAGCUCUGGUUCAUGUUGUUGAUCCUGGAAAAAUAGGAUUUGCUAUAAACCCAGGAAAGCUUUGGUUGUUACAAGUUGGUAAAGUUUAUGAGUUACUAGUUCUUCUGUUUGAUGACGAUGGAAACUCUAUUCAAAUAACCAAUAAUACAAUGAUAGAAUCAAUGUUAUCGAAUGAAUAUUUUGAAGUUUUAAGCAAAUCAAACAAUGGCUCGUAUUUUUAUGUAAGAGCCAACAUGGUUGGGAAAACAGUUAUGACAGCAAAGUUGUUAGGCAUUCAGCAAGAUUUAAAAGAUCUUAUAAGAACAAAAAAUGUUUAUGGUGAACAAGUUAUUGAGAUAUAUGAUCCAAUAGUUGUUACACCAGAAAUUGUAGUGUUUCCUUGGGAUCCAGAGCAUGGUCAACCUUACUAUAGGUUUCAACUUAUGGCUAAAGGUGGUAGUGGGGUGUACUCAUGGUCUUCAAUGAAUAAAACUGUUGUUUCAGUUAAUAGCCGUGGUUUGAUUUCUACAGAAAAUUUGAUUGGAGAAAUACUUGUAAAAGCCAGAGAUGUGCGCAAUCCUUUGCAUUUUGGUGCAUCUCUAAUAAAGAUUUUGCAACCAGAGGAAAUUGUAUUUUUAGAUACAGUUGUAGAAGUUGAAGUUGGGAAAAUUUUAGUAAUGCCAUUAAGUAUUUUUGCAUUUUCUCAAGAUAGAGAAAAAUUUUCAUUCACCGAUUGUCGAAAAAUAAUGUUAAAAACAACAUUUUCUGAUCCUUCUGUGUUCAAACUGGCAGACAUACAAAGUGAAAAUCUACCUAGUCAAGGUUGUACCACAAUAUCUUUGGAAGCUAUAAAGGUUGGAUACUCAACAGUAACAACUUCAUAUGUGUAUGCAGAUGUUGUUCUGCGAGCUGUGGUUGUUGUUGCUAGCUAUUACCCAAUUAAGAUAGUUGAUCCAAUUGAAACAGCAGUUGUUGUUAUUGGUUCUACAAAAAGAAUAGUUGCUACAGGUGGUCCUUUGCCAUGGAUUUUAGAUCCUAGUCAGUAUUUUGAGGUUAUUUCUGCUGAAGAAGAUGAAUGGGUUGCAAUUAAAGAGAAAGUACCAGAAAGAGAUCUUACAAUAAAUUAUCAUUACUUUGAUGUUAAAUGUUUACAAAUUGGUGAACAGAUUUUAAAUAUUGAAGUUGGAAAUAAAAUUACUACAAAGAAUCGGUUUCCUGAAAAAUCAAGUGCUUCUACAAGGUUCUUGUGUUCACCACCAGCAACUUUAAGACUUCUUCCUUCUAUUGUUUUCCCAACUAUUGACAUGAAGACAAGAACACUUGAGAGCUGUUUAGAUGAACAUAAACGAAUUCCUGUGCGAAACAAUAGAGAACUUCGUAUUGAUGUUCAAGUUUACAGCACAAAUGGAAUUAUUUUUGAUGACUUUUCCUCAUUAGAUAUAAAUUGGUCUAUUGAUAACACAGAUGCUGCAACAUUAAGUACCAAAGAAACUAAAUUUGAAUUAGUUUUGUUCGACUUUGAUAAAAAGCAGAGUGGGCGAACUCAUGCCUUUCAGAUUGUCACACUUCAUUCAAAAGCAGUACCUGUUGCAGUUACUGCUACAAUAUUAGGUUAUCGUCACUCAGAGAUACAAUUUAAGGUGGCAAUAGCAGCUAGGCUACCUUUGGUAUUAGUUCCAGAACCUUCACUCUCACUUAACUGGCUAACCAUAUUUGCUCAUCCAUCGAACCAAGUCAACCUAAAGGUAUCAGGUGGAACAAAUGUCUUUAUUGUAAAAAGUAAUAAUCCACAUUUAGCCAAGUUAAACUAUAUACCACCUCAUUCCAUCCAGGUAACUCCAAAUGAAGAAGGCAAGUUGAUUAUAUAUUUACAUGAUGCUUGUCUGGAUGCAGAAAUGCCAGCUGAAGCUCGUUUGCUGCUGUCAGAUGUUUAUGCACUACAACUUUCAGUUAGUGACAAGGUUGAACUAGAUCAAAAGAUCACUGCUAAAUGUCAAGCACUUGAUAUGGAUGGAAAUAUUUUAAAUGUUGCAGACAUAUCUACUAAAUUAAAUUUGCAACUGAAACUUACAGCUGAUAUUUUAAAUAUUGAAAAUACUAAGAGAGUUUCUGGUUAUGAAGCAGAAGCAAUUUACAACAUAACUGGAAAAUCUGUGGGAAUUACAAGUUUAACAUGUGAAGCAAUGAAAUCAAAUGGUAAUAUGUUAUCAAGCAAAACAAAUGAAGUGCAGGUUUUUUCUGCAAUAGAGCUUCAACCAAAAUAUUUAAAACUUUUGGUUGGUUCCCAGUUUCAAGUUAACAGCGCAGGUGGUCCCAGACCUAAUGCUGUUACAUUUUUUAGUUUGGAUAACACUACUGUUGCUGAUGUUUCUCAAAAUGGACUUGUUUACUCAAAAGUUGUUGGUAAAACAACACUCACAGGAAUGUCGCGUGGUUUUGAUACUUCUGGAAAGGAUGUUGUAUACUCACAAGAUCAAACUUUUAUAACAGUAUUUCAAAUAAAAGGCUUCAAGAUUCUUCUUGGAUCUCACUAUUUAGUGACUAAUUCUGAAGUUGGUAUUUUAAGUAUUGGUAUUAAUGAUGAAGGUCCAUUUACAUUUGCAACAUCUCAGCCGUAUCUUCGUUUCCAUUGGUCCACAAGUAACCACAAAAUUGCUGUCGUUGAAUCUGUGCAUAAAAAUGCUGGAGUAUCCAUUGCACAAGACAAUGAUUUUCGAGCAGUUAUUCAUACAUUUAGUCCCGGUCUCGUAACUAUUAAGUUACAUGUUGAAGUUGUGAAAAAUGAUUUUUAUCAAGUUAAUGAACAUGCACAGUUAGAAGAUGAAAUACAAAUUCAAGUUAUACAAAAGCUUGAAAUAUUGUAUCCGCCAAAUUCUGAGCUUCUUCUUCCUCACAAUACAAAAGGAGUUAUGAAAACAAACAGAGAUCCUCUUCCAAUUACGAGUUAUUCCAUAGUUAAUUCUUGUACUGAUCACCAUCAAAACUUAGUUCAGGUAUCUUCUGGUGGGUAUGUGACAUCAUUUGCUUUAUCUGGAACAGCAAUUAUUUUAAUCACAGUUCAUGAGGACUUUGGCUACAACCAAACAAUUUUUGUAAAAGUUGAGGUGAAGCCAGUGUCGACUGUAUCACUUCAUUUGUUAUCAAAUUUUGUUAUUUCUAAUAGUCAACGACCUGCAUUUCCUAUUGGAUCUAAUGUUUUAUAUAGCGUCCAAUUGCAUGAUAAUAUUGCUAGAAAGUUUGAUAUUGCUACAAUUCCAUUGAAACAUAGAGUGAGCAGAUCAGAUAUUGUUCAUGUGAUUCCGAAUCCUGAAAAUGCAACCUUUUUGCUCAGAACAAUAAGUAUAGGUGAAGUAAUAAUGAAGGUUUGGGAUGAUGACAAUCCUUCGUUAUCUGACUACAUUCGAAUAAGAGUAACUGAAGGAAUAAUUCCAGCUAAAGUUCAAAUUACUUUAGGCAAUGUUUUUUGUUUCCAUAGCAAUAUCAUUGUUGAUAAAGGAUGGUGGAGCACCUCAAGUGGACUACUAUCAAUUGAUCGAGUUACAGGGGCUGUUGUUGGCGUGAAUACUGGUACAGCUAUGGUUUAUUACAACGAUGAUUCUUUUAGCACUUAUGCAGAGGUUACUGUUGUACAACCAAAUAGUGCUCCUCUUAUAGUAGAUGAAAGCUAUCUCUUUUUAUCUAAUGACAUGGUAAGGUAUUUCCGUAUUUCGUUUGAUAAUGACGCAACAAAUAGUCAUAGUUGUUCAGAAAAUCUUUCAAUUGAUGUUCAAGCUCCUUUUAAAUGUAAUGCUAAGUGGACCGAUAGCACUGACAAUAUAGAAGAAGUUUUUGGUAUUAAAUCCGUCUACAAAAACGGCCAACCGCAUUGCAUGUUUUCUCCGCAUGUUUUAACUCCUGCACUCAUGAAAUCUUUAAGUAUAAGUGACAGAACUAUUGUUUUGAAUGUUGACAUAAGCGAUGGACGUCAUAUGUAUUCAUCUAAGCCCUUGGAAGUCAGAUUUGCACCAGAGGUAUACAUUAUUCCAAAAGAAAUAUUUUUCAGCAAUAAAAAUAAAGUUGAAAUCAUUGAAGUUUAUGGCUCCCAGUCUCAGCUAUCUGGAUUAAAGAUUAAAAACAUCCCGCCAUUUAUUAACGUUGAAAGAUUGACGACUGUAGAUCCUUACCUUUUUAAAUAUGAAUUGUCACUAAAAAGUUCAAUAAAAUCAGAUGCAAACACAUCGGUGACGUUUUUUAGUCCGUUAUCUGCGAGUAGUUCAUCUGUUUUGGUUCAUGUUAAAGGAGAAUUCGACAAUAAAUAUAUAACGUAUUCAUCAGAAAUACAAACAUCAUGGAAUCGUAAGAUUAGUGAAUAUAUACAACAAACCAAUGUUUGGGUUGUUAGCUAUACGGUAAUAUUGGCUACUAUCAUUCUUCUAAUUGUACUUUAUCAUUAUUUCAUAAAAGAACGUUAUGGUAGUGCAAUAAUGCCUCCAUCUUAUUCAAAUUCACCCUACAUUCAAACAUCUCCACCACCUUAUCAGUAUAGUCCGACAUUUCAAACUAAAACACCUGUGUCGUACGGACCAACAAAAAAAAGCACGCCUCAACGACAUCUUUUUAGCGUCUCUCAGUAAAUUCACGCGCUGUCAAAGUUAGCAUAAACUUCACGUUUUUCAGCACAGCAAAAACGUUAAUGUUGCGAUCUUGUUUUAAAAGAAAUUUCAAAUAAGACUACAAAAAUGUUUGGUGAACCGUGUUGACUUAUUACUGUUAUUAACUGUUCAGCAAUAAACCUUUGCGUCGAAUUUGCGAUUUGCCAUUUUUAAUGACAUUUUUUUUUUUUUUUUUUUUUAAAUUUUGUCUUCAAUAUUCAAAUGUUUUUGUAACUUGCAAAAGCAUUAUUCGAAAUCGUUUUCACUCCAAAAAUACAACUUCAUUUUCAGAAAAAUUAGAAAACUUUAAAAUUAUAGGCUUUUCAUGGAAAUAUAUGGUCAAACGUUUAGAUUUUGGUUUUUAAAAAUCUUUUUUUAAGACGUGUGCAAAUGAACUAAGCAAUAAUUGUUGGUCAUUAAGUGAAUUAAAGGAGAAAAAGCGUAGCUAACUUUAUAAACAUUUAUUGUAAAUAGUAUUCCCUUUCAAAAAUGUAAAGGUUAAGAACACUAGAUACUUUUAUUAAAA